AUGCUCUCGACGGAAUUGUCCGAGGCACAGGUCUCGGCCCUGAGGGCCAAUAAAGAACGCCUUGCAAAAGACCUCCAUCAUAGCUGCCAAUGGGGCUUUGGGAUCCGCUGGGGAGAUGGCUCUACAGACACAGGCAUGCAGCGCCUGGCGCUAUCGGACGAAGACAAGACAGUGCGAGACUGGUUCAUUGAGACAACAAAGGCAUUGAAAUGUACUGUCACGGUUGACGAAAUGGGCAAUAUCUUUGCCGUACGGCCCGGACGACGCAAGGACGUGCCUCCGGUGUUCAUCGGUAGUCAUCUGGACACUCAACCUACCGGCGGUCGGUACGACGGCAUCCUUGGUGUUAUUUCGGGGAUCGAGACCUUGAAAGUUAUCGACGAGAUGGGUAUUGAGACUGAGGGUGGUGUUGGUGUUGUGAACUGGACAAAUGAAGAGGGUGCUCGUUUCCCUAUCAGUAUGGUCUCCUCUGGGGUAUGGGCCGAAUGCAUUCCACUUGAACGAGCCCAUGGACUCAAAGAGGUCCCGACCGUGGCGUCUCUCCCUACUGCUUCGUCUGCGCCGGAGUCGAUGAAAACAGCACUGGAAAAGAUCAAUUACCUGGGAAGUGUGCCGUGUUCCUAUAAAGAGACACCGAUGGCGGCACACUUCGAACUGCACAUUGAACAGGGUCCUCAUCUUGUAUCCGCAAACCAGCGCGUCGGCGUCGUUACUGCUGUGCAAGCAUACCGCUGGUACCGCCUCAACAUCAUCGGCAGGGACACCCACACCGGAACAACGGCGUUUCAGCACCGCGCAGACGCUCUGUAUGUCUUCGCGCGGAUGAUGGUGCACGCGCGAGAGGUCGCCUCUUCGCACGGAUGUCUAGCCAGCGUUGGCAUUGUGGAAGCAAAGCCCGGAAGUGUGAAUACUGUGCCCGGGCUGGUCAGCUUUACGCUCGACAUCCGCGGGCCAGAAACCGACCUGGUCGAAGUCGUCGAGACACAAUUGAGAAAGGAUUUUGACGCGAUCGCGGCGGAGGAAGGCAAGGGUAUUGGGAAACCUUGCCGUGUGGAAUGGAAGCUGGACUUUGAUUCACCGGCCGUCAAGUUCCAUCCGGACUGCAUCGAUUGCGUACAGAAAUCGGCGGAGGCGGUAGUAGCUGAUGCGCCGGAGCCGAAGUCGCUGGUGCGAACGAUCAUGAGCGGCGCCGGUCAUGAUAGUGUCUUUACUUCGAAGAGAGUGCCGACUAGUAUGAUCUUCGUUCCCUGCAAGGACGGGCUGAGCCAUCAUCCGGAAGAAUACUGCUCUGCGGACGACUGCGCGACUGGCACCUCGGUCAUUCUGCAGGCAGUGAUUCGCUACGAUCGAAAGAGAUUCUCCGCCUAG